AUGACUGGUAAAGAAAAUCUCGCUGAGGCGUCUAAGAAAGUUCAAAAGAACGAAACGAUUUCGCGCUCAAAAAGAGCGGGACUUACUUUCCCAGUUGCACGUCUCCACCGUAAACUUCGUGAAGGACAAUUCAGAUUUCGGGUUGCAAGCGGUUCGCCAGUGUACUUAGCCGCCGUGUUGGAAUAUCUUGUCGCCGAAAUCUUAGAAUUGGCCGGAAAUGCCGCUCGUGAUAAUCGCAAGGCACGAAUCAUUCCUCGUCAUCUCCAAUUGGCUAUUCGUAAUGACGAAGAAUUGAAUAAAUUGUUGGGAACCGUGACUAUCGCUCAGGGAGGUGUCAUGCCUAACAUCCAUGCAUCGUUAUUGCCCAAGAAAAGCAAGAGCAGGGAAAACUCUUCCGCUUCGACUGGAAGAACCGUGGUUAUUUCUUCUGCUUCACAAAAUGAGGGAGAACCAGAGGAAGAUCAAAUCGAGGAAAGCCCUGCAGAAGAACUCGAAGACGAAGGACAAGAAGAUCAAGAAACGCCAAUGGAGAAAGAUAAUAUCUGA